AUGCCUCAACAAUCCAAAUCUUCAUCGGACCCCCGCCCAUUCCCGUUGCCCGCGGAAGUUGACCCAUGGAUUACCCACAGCCUUGUGGAGAAAAUCUUCGAAGGCAACAUCGAUCCACUGGGUCAGGCUGUCGAGUCCGCAAGAUCCCAUGGCAUCCCUCAGAUUAAUGACUGGGGUGUGUUCAGUGCCCGAGACUUUUUGCUAUUUGCAAGUGGCAUGCUGAAAUGGGUUCCGUCUGAGACUUGCGACGGCAAAUUGAUCUACAACACGCUAUGCUUGUUUUACUUCAUCCUGGACCAACCUCCGCUCAAUGCCCCUCUCUACUCAACGCAGAUUACUCCAGAAUCUGUGGACAAACCUCUGGCUCCCCUGAGCCAGUGGACUGUCGAUUUCGCAAACAAGAUCGGCGACUGGAUGAACGCCAAUGAAUCCAUCACAGAACAAGCCAUCCAAUCUUUCCAGGAUUCGCCCAAGUACAACUACGGCGAAGCCGUGGUGCCGUCAGACGGCUGGAACAACUUCAAUCAGCUCUUCGCUCGACACCUCAAGAAGGGAAUGCGCCCCAUCAGCGCGGGCGACCCAAACAACGCCAACUACGACCGGGUCGUGGUCUACCCUGCCGAUAGCACUUUCGACGGCGCGUGGCCGGUCGGUCAGAACGAGCAGGUCAACAUCAAGGACCUGGAGUGGAACAUCAGCGACCUGCUGCAAUCAAGCGAGUACGCAAGCCACUUCAAGGGCGGCACCUGGAUGCACGCCUUCCUCAACACCUUCGACUACCACAGGCAGCACGCACCGGUGGGCGGCACGGUUGUCGAGGCCAACGUCAUCCAAGGCCUUGCCUACCUGCAAGUCGUGGCGGAUCCCGACACCGGCAAGCUGAAGCCACACCGCAGCUACGUCUCUAAGGAGCCGAAAAAGCAGAGGAAUACGAAUCAGCUCUUCGACACCCUCGAUGCCCCUGACGAGGCAGGGUAUCAGUUCCUCCAGGCCCGCGGCUGCGUCAUCAUCAAAAACGAGCUUCUCGGCUACGUUGCGGUGCUGCCGAUCGGGAUGGCCCAGGUCUCCUCCGUCAAGCUGGCCUGGGAACCCAAGCAGGGCGAGAAGUACCCCAUCCAGCCGAAUGUGAAUAUCAAGAAGGGUGACGAGAUCUCGCACUUCGAGUUUGGCGGUUCUGAUAUCGUGCUGGUAUUCCAGAAGGAUGCGGACAUCCAGAUUCUGGGGGCUCAAGGCGUUGACGAUCAGGGCAAAGUCACAAGCAAGCAAAAGUACCUCGUUGGUAUGCCACUUGGAUACUCCACCAAGGGCUUGUAA